GCGAGAGACUCUGGAAAAUUUGUGACUCCAGAAUGAUCUAGGUUCAGUUUACUUGUACCUGUUUCUACCACUGAUCAUGAUGUGGGAAACAUUGAAACUGAGCCAGAGUCAGCAAUUGUUAGUAGGCUAUAUUCACCUGGGGGCAAGGACUGAACACAAGUGCCUGAAUUACGCGGGGCAAGUGGAAAAUAAACGAAUAUAAAAUGAAGUGAAAAUUGCGAGCUGGCUAAUUAGCUGUUAAACGCAAAACAGUAGUCAACAAACAUUAUCUUUUAUGGCUGAUGCCAGCGAGCUGGAUGUUUACCUGUACGUUUGCUAAUUUACCUCGCAAUUUGAGACCCUACGGGAUGCGUACCCUCUUUCAACAAGAAACACUUAGCUAAGCUUUUUGACUUCAGGAUCUUUGGCUUAAUAACAACAAAGCUAAACCAGAUGUCAUGUCCUCAGAGUUUACAAUUGAUAUCCAGCUGACAGAGCUGGGCUUUCCUGAACUCUUCCAAGAUGAAGCGAGGUCUAAGGAGGCGCCGUCCCAUCCUUGCCCCAGUGACUCCUCCUGCGCUCCUCUCACUCCUCCAAAUUCUCAGACUGCUUCUCCCCCUUCCCAAGAACUAAACUCCGACAAUGUAGCGGGAGGCCACGUUCUUCCAAUCGCCAGUAAACCGGCAAUGGCGCGCAACAGGGCUCCCGCGCAGAAGGUCGCCCAACAAAGCGAUCAAAAUAAAGACCAAUCGAACCCCGGCGCCAACGUGGCCGACGGAAACCGCACUGGGGUGGGGUCGAAUUCUGUGCGUAGGGACACGGAGCGCAACGUUAGCAUCACGGUCAGGAAAAAGCCGGAACCUGCGACAGGCCUUAAUCAUGUUAGAGCGGUUGGGGCGAGAGGAGUGGGGAAAAGCAGUGGAGGUGGUGGGGGAGGCAAGGAACAAGGUGUAAACGCGAACAAUAAACGCCCUGCUGCUGAAGCGGAUCAGGACUCCGAGGAGACCGAAGACAGCGAUAUCAGUGAAGAGGAAGACGAGGAGGAGGAGGACAAUGAGGAAGAAGAUGACGAUGAAGAGGAAAUAGCCUCAGACGCCUCGGCGGACGGGCUGGCGGAGCACUGCUGCCGGGUGUGCGGCCUCAGCCUGCCCUCCGCCUUCCAGCUGCGGGAGCACAUGCACCUGCACAGUGGGGCGCGGCCCUACCGCUGCGCCGAGUGCGGCAAGCAGUUCUGCCACCUGGCCAACUACCGGGCGCACCUGCGCGGCCACGCCCACGCCCGGACGCCCUCGGCCCGCUGCCGGGUGUGCGAGGCCAGCUUCGACUCGGAGGAGAGCCUGGCGCACCACCUGGAGAACUCGCACUUCGAGAAGGAGUUCUACCAGUGCGACUUCUGCAAGCGCGUCUUCACCUGCCUGACCGAGUGCCAGCGGCACGUGGACACGCACCGGCGCGAGCCCCGCCGCCACCAGUGCCCCCGCUGCCAGCGCCACUUCCGCCGCCGCAAGUCGCUGGCCCGCCACAUGGAGCGGCACGCCGCCAGGCGCUCCUACCUGUGCACCGACUGCGGCCAGGCCUUCGACCGCAAGAACGUCCUCUUCCGCCACAGCUUCUCGCACCUGGGCCUGCUGCCGUACACCUGCGUGCGCUGCCGCCGCCACUUCCGCCUGGCGUCGCUGUACCGCGGCCACGCCUGCGAGCCGCAGCGCAUCCAGUGCGAGGCCUGCCUGGGCUUCUUCCGCAGCCAGGAGGACUUCCAGCGGCACAAGGAGGAGACGGGCUGCUGGGGCCACCAGGGGGCGCGCCCGCGCGGCGGGGACGACGCCGUGCGCUGCAUGGAGUGCGGCCAGGCCUUCGGGAGCAGCGAGGAGCUCCGUCGCCACGGCAGCGCCCACCAGCGGGUGCUCACCUGCUCCGAGUGCGGCAAGGGCUUCCGCUCGGCGCUGCUGCUCAUGUCCCACAUGGGCGGGCACGCCGGGCAGCGGCCCUGCCUGUGCCAGCGCUGCGGCCUGGGCUUCCCGCACCAGCAGGGCUACGACGGCCACCGCGAGCACUGCGGCCGCCCGCCGCCCGCCCCGGUGGCCCCAAAGAAGCAGAAGAAGGAAGCGCCGGCCCCAGAGAAGGUGGACGUCCCCCCCAGAGGGGUUUGGAAGCUCACGCUGGAUAAGUGCCCCCCUCCCGGUGCGUCGCUGGUGAUGUUCCUCCCGGUUCCCGCCGACUCCUCAUCCCCCGGGUUGGCGGACUUUGCCGCCGGUCUUCCCGUGGGCUCCUUGCCGGCAAGCAACCCGCAGACGCAAGCGCCGGCGUCGCAGGUGGCGAUGGGGUCCGGUUCAGCCCGUAGCGUCCAGGGCCAGCCCUCGACGGCUGCCCAUCAGCCCCCAGCGAUGGCGGCAGUGGUGGAGGCGUCCACCGCUGGCCAGGGACAGCCGUCUGAGGCCGCGUGCCAGGAGUCCUUGCCGGUGCCGGGGACCACUCUGAAGCUGCAGAUAUCCAAAGCCACUUUUGUUCCGGGGCCCCAGAAGCUUCCGGAAACGUGGGAGCAGUCCGGGAUCCUUCAGCCGGCGCCGGCGGGAGACGGCGCUCAGCCUUCGGGCACGGCGCUGCCUCGCGGGACGGCCGCGGGACCCGCGCGCCCCCCUCAGGUUACCAUGCAGAUUGUCGGGGCCCCGGGAGCUGGGGGUCUGUUUAGCUCGGCUGCGGCGGGGGGGCCCGUCGUGAAGGCCGGGGCCCAGAUCUCUAGCGAUGGAAGGAACUGGGCGAUGGCCCUGAAGGAGGAGAGAGUCGAGGUGGAGGUGAAGAAAGAGGGUGGGACAGUGGCUGAGGAAGAGAAGGGGCAGCGGGGAGCCGUCCUGCCGGCCGGGAAAGCAGGGGGCGUCUCUGGUGGGGCGGGGCCGGAGGGCUCAGGAACUGGACUAUGGGGACCGAGCGGCGUGACAUCACACCAGGUGCAAGAAUUUGAGGGAGAGAACCAGGGGGAUCCUGGGUCCGGAACGAUGGCGGAGGACGGAAGCGGGGUUUUCGACAGCGUGGAGGUGGAAAUUCAGGAUGAGGAGGCGGAGGAGGACCAGGAGGUGGACGGAGAGCCCCACGAGUGUGUGAACUGCGGGAGGAUCCUUCUGGAAGGCGACAUGGUCCAGCACUACAUGCAGCACGCCGUGGAGUCCGACUCCCCGCUCCAGGACUCCUCUCCUGAAAUACAGCACCUGUCCUCCUCCUCCUCCUCCUCUACUCCACUCAUUCUUUCGCCGUACUCGUCCCCCUCCCCCUCCCCCUCCCCCUCCCCCUCCCCUCCUGUGAGUCCCCCCACAAAGAGGAAACUAAGACCACGUAAGCCUUGAGCUUGGCCUCUGACAUCAUGAGCUCUGGUUAAAUCCACAGUGAGUGAGUGGCCCACAACAGUAGUGUAAUUAGUUCUAGUGUAACAAAAUAAUAGUGAUGUAGUUUCCUGUUUCCGAAACAGGAGAGUGUGUUACAGUGUGCAACUAAGCAGGGUUUAUGAGGUAUUUUGUAACUUUUAGAAUCUAAACUGCCUCUGUGUUACACCGGUGGAAGUUCAGAGGUACAAAAAGCUUCUGUUUUCAUUUUUUUCGGUGUCUCUUCCCAAGAAGAUUAUGAUUUAAAGGUGGUGUUCACUAGAGUAAAGGCUCGCACCAUACUAAGAUUUGGGAUUGAAUGCAGAUGGUGCCAGUUCCGACUGUGGCCGGUAGCUCCAUAGGGUGUUGCACAGUUGACGAACGCAUCGCCCAGUGUAUGAGGGGGUUCAGUCAGUUUGGGGUCCAUGUUUCAUCGCUCGUUAGGGACCCCCAUUGGUCAAUCGGGUGCCCGAAAACUGAAUGUCAAAGCUGCAUGUGAAAGGUCUUCCUCUGACUCCACUCUGUGAACUCAGCUGUAGUCUGCAGUGUGAAAAGAAGCAGCUGGUGACACCACUUAUUUUUGAGAAGAACCAUGGAUGUCUACACUCUCCCAUAUCAGCAGUGUGGUUCACACCUGAACGUGGCUGCAGUUGCAGAUAAUUGAACAUAUUUAGCUCCAUGUUGGGGGCCAAACUUCUUUUUAAAAAAGCAAACAAACAAAACAAAAAAACAGUACAGGCUCUGCAAAUGUACUGCGAUGAUUCAGGGAUGCUCAGCACAAUAAAGACACCAUUACAGUAAAGUGUAGACAGUCACUAGAUGUAGACUGUUUAUGAGUACUAAAUUAUCUGGUCCAACUGAAGACAGGAUUCAGACAUAAUGGAAUUCUCCUAAGCUGUCAUGUCCGUUGCUGCUGUGUAUGUUUGUACUUUUAUUUUAAAAGGUGCCCGUAACUUUUCAGUGUUUGAAUGACGUGUUUUUGGCAAUCUCCUCUGAUUCUGUGUGGAAUACAUUCCCUCCGUUAGGUACAGGAUAGAACACACAACCGCUCUCUCCUGUGUGCUGAUUAACGGGAGCAGAAAAUGUCAACAUUUGUAGCAGAUUUUUUCUUUUUCUUUUUUUGUUAUAUUCUCGUCUCCUUUUUCUUUCAGGACCUCAGUUGAGAAUAAUUCCAAGGUGCUUUUUUCUGUUUAUAUAGUCAUGUACAUUCAAGAUUAGUAGGGCAACAUUUGUAGAUGUGGACAGGACUCAGAAGUUGAUUGUAAAAUGAUUGUAUUUUGUUCAUGUUCAUUUUGCCAUGAAGCUGAACAGACCGUUGUACUUUUUGAAAUAUUUUACCCCAGCAUACAGUUUUGAGUCAGUUCUGUUUUAUGACUGCUUUAGAGAUAAUACACUGUAAUGUGUGAAAUGAUCUGUGUAAAUCAUUUCUUAUACUUGCUUUCACUGAUAUACUGUACUGUACAUCCAUGUAAUUCCAGGCAGACAUGCUAGUGGAUUUUUAAAACCUUGUUUAAAUUUGGUGCAUAUGGAAUGUGAAAGAACUGAGUCCAUAAGGAAGAUGAAAAAUAAUGCAGAUCUAAAGGCAUAGCACAACAUACCUGUUCACUUCCACCUUGCAUCAACAUGGUGUUUUAGCAGUUUUCAUACGUUACAUUCUGUUUCAUUUCUGGUGAUAAUAAUGGAUUGAAAAAUUGGAAAAAUUUUGAGUGAAGUUUGAACUUCAGGAUAAUCAGAUUCAAUUUUGUUCUGUGCUUGAUGACAAGGCCUUUCCAUUGACCACUGCCUGGCUGCUGCCUGUCUGAAUACCUUUGCAUAGAAGAUUUGAGGGUCUUUUAUUGUGCAAUCACAAUCCACUUAAACUACCUGGUUUUUCCCCUUACAUAUUUAAUAUACUUUUUUGGGGGUUUGUUAUGGCUUGCUGUUUUGUCUUUUGGAUAAUGUAGAAAGUUUGUCAUACUUUUAACCGUUGUACUGUUGGUAAUUGAACUGUAAAAGUCACUGUCUCAUUUUCUGUUGGGGAUGAGAGACUGCUCAUGUUUUUUGGCAAAUAAACAGAAAGAGAUGCACCUAGA